AUGGUAACACCAUUGGAUUUUUCUUCUCGCCGGUCGCCCAUUGUAUGCACGAGGGGUUGUACUGCCAGCAGCCAACCACUAGCUACAAACGCAGGACUUGACAUACUGAAAAAAGGUGGGAAUGCUGCAGAUGCUGCAGUUGCUAUGGCAGCAGUCUUGAAUCUUACUGAACCAUUCAGCACUGGUAUUGGUGGAGACUGCAAUUGCCUCUUUUACCAUGGUCCAACUAAGAAAGUAUAUGGACUGAAUGGAAGUGGCAGGUCUCCCCAGUUAUUGACGCUCGACUUGUUAAAAAAGGAAGGCUUUGAUGAGACGAAUCCUUUACCGUUGAAUCAUGCGAACCUUGUCACUGUGCCUGGGGCAGCUGCUGGCUGGUGUGAUACAGUUCAUCUCUUUGGAAGUAAGAAGCUGUCCUUAGGUGAAAUUCUGCAGCCUGCGAUUGAGUUGGCAGAAAGAGGCUUCCCUGUUUCUGAAAUCACUGCAUUUCACUGGAAUAGAGAAGCGAAAGUCCUGCAAAGGCCAGGGAAUCAACAUGGGAAGGAUCUGCUGCUGCAGGGCCAGAGUCCGAAAUCUGGCCAGAUUUUCACGAAUCCUCUCUUAGCUCAGACCUUCAAGGAACUGGCUCAGUCUGGCAAAAGAGGGUUCUAUGAGGGAAGGAUAGCAAAAGCCAUCGUUGAAACCAUUCAGCGGAAUGGUGGAGUUAUGAGUCUCGGUGAUCUAAAGGAGCACACCAGCACAGAAGUUGCACCAAUCUUCACAGACUAUAAAAGUUUGAGGAUCUGGGAGCUUCCUCCAAAUGGACAGGGAAUCACUGCUCUGAUGGUCUUAAACAUGCUGGAGAACUUUAACAUCAAAGAACUGGCCCACAACAGCGCUGAUUACAUUCACCUGCUGGCUGAGGCGGUGAAGCUCAGUUUCGCUGACAGUUUCUGGUUCUGUGCUGAUCCUGCCAGGGUCCUGGUGCCUGUGGAAGAGCUGCUUGCUAAGCACUACAGUAAGCAACGUUCAGAACUCAUCAACAUGCAGAGGGCAAACAGUAAGUCUAUCCAUGGCAACCCAUCUGGAGCUGGUGGUGACACUGUUUACUUUACAGCUGUGGAUGCAGAGGGAAGUGCCUGCUCUUUCAUCAAUAGCAACUCUGCCCACUUUGGCACUGGGCUCGUACCAGAAGGCUGUGGCUUUGCCUUACAAAACAGGGGGGCCCAUUUUUCCCUGAACCCUGACCACCCAAAUUGCCUGGUACCAGGGAAACGUCCCUACCAUACCAUCAUCCCUGGCCUUGCCACAUCGCCUGCCACUGGAGAGCUUCUGUGUAGCUUCGGCGUCAUGGGUGGGUUCAUGCAGCCUCAAGGUCAUGUGCAGGUGUUGCUUAACAUGCUGGAGUUCGGGAUGAAUCCACAAGAAGCACUGGAUGCUCCUCGUUUUUGUUUGGAAUACGAGAAGCAAAUUGACGGUGGUACCUGGAAGCUCUCAUUGGAAGAGGGAAUCUCUGAGCCUGCUGCACAGAAGCUGAUAGCCAGAGGUCACAAUGUCUAUUGGCCAGUUAGAGGACAUGAGAGGUCUCUGUUUGGACGUGGCCAGAUUAUCACCAAGGGAAUGUGGUGGGAAUCGCAGCAUGCCUUAAUUGCUGAGGAUGACCAGGAAGUAUUAUGGGCUGGCUCUGAUCCACGGUCAGAUGGGUGUGCAAUUGGAUACUAA